ACUGAGUUCACCAACAUUACAAGUUGAUUGUGAAUAGAGAUUCACAUCCACAGAAAGGAUCAGAGAGAAAGAUAUGGGAGGCCAUAGUUUGGUGGAGAUAUCCCUGAAAUGGCUUGAAGGUUUGUCAAGUGGUAAGAUUUGUAAAGAGGUUGAGACCAUAACUAUGGAGGGCCUCAAGGUCGUCCAUGGUCAAAAGGGUUUUAUUCGAUGCCAUUUUCUUGUCCCCAGUCGCCUUGCAGAUAAAGAUGGGAAUUGGCAUGUGGGUGCUAUGGCAACUUUAAUCGACAACGUUGGUGCUGCCACCAUAUUCUCCUCAAUUGGUCUGGUCAAAGCUUCCGUAGAGCUCAAUAUCUCAUAUUACUCCACGGCUAAGAUACAAGAAGAGGUUGAGAUAGAAGCGAAGGUUGUGGCGGACAAAGAAAUAUUAACAUCUGUGGUGGUGGAGGUCAGAAAGAAAGAUAAUGGAGAACUAAUUGCUUUGGGUAAGCAAUGGAUGGCCACACUCACACUAAAGGUUAAACUUGGUGAAAUGAGCAAGCUUUGAGCACAAACCAACGAAACGCAGAAUGCAUUUUGGUUUUUUUUUUUUUUUUUUUUUUUUUUUUUUUUUUUUUUUUUUUUUUUUUUUUUUUUUUGUGGAUGUAUAGAAUGCAUUUUGGUUUUAGUUCUACAAAUCAAUGCAAUGAAUUUAUACAUUUAAAAAACACAGGUGUAUGCCAAAAUUAAUUUUGAUCACAUAAUGAAA